UCAGGAGCGCGUGCUGGAGAGCGAGCUGUCAAUUACUGUUACAAGACACCGACAGACAGACGUCAAUACACGCUCCUGAUAUUACAACCUGAGGACGACCUGCGCUUUUUUAAAAUGGUGUUGGACCCUCGAGGAGAGGUCGAUGUUGGAGAAGGAGAGCUAGAAGACUGUGAAAAGAAACAGCAGGAGCUAACUUCACCAAACCAGACCACCAGGGAGAUGGAGAACAUAGUGUCCACCAAUAGCAGCGAGGAAGGUUCCAGAACCGACCAGUCUGAGAGUGAAGAGAGGACCUUUGUGACCAAUCUCUACUGUUUCAUGAAGGAAAGAGGCACGCCUAUAGAGAGAAUCCCCCAUCUUGGCUUUAAACAGAUCAACCUGUGGAAAAUCUACAAAGCUGUGGAGACGCUUGGAGGAUAUGAUGCGGUAACAGCCCGGAGGCUAUGGAAGAAUGUGUACGACGAGCUGGGUGGUAGUCCAGGCAGUACUAGUGCAGCCACCUGCACACGCAGACACUACGAAAGGCUGGUGUUGCCCUUUGAGCGGCAACUGAGAGGGGAGGAGGAUAAACCGCUACCACCUUCCAAACCUCGAAAACAGUACAAGAGGAGCCCUGAGAACAGGGGAAGUAAGCCAGAAAGCAAGAAGAAGAGGAAGAUGGAAGAGUGCGAGGAGAAAAUGGGAUCAGAUCAUCACUGUGACAGAGGCAUGUGUUCCCAUCACAGUCCAUGGUUGGCAUCCUCCGAUCGCCUAGACUCUGAUCAGUCAUCCACGGUUUCUGUCCACGGUCCCCACCCUGGCACUUGCUCCAGAGAGAUUCCUCUCCUUCAUAUUUCAAACCCGGCUGAGGUGAUCUCUCCCUUGGAGAAGAAGAAGCGUCUGGCCCAGGCUAGCCUGACCAUCCCCGCCUCUGGCACCUUGGAGGAUGGUGGAGAACUGGAGAGACCCUCUGUUAUUCAAUUGUCCCACUCUUCCCAGUCUCCCGUGUGUCCAUCCUCUACUCGCACCCGCCAUUCUUCCGAUGGCUCACCCCUUCCAGUCUCCUCUCCGUCUGGCUCCUUGUCCCGUAGCCCCUCUCCUUACUCUGUCUCCUCUGAGGACUGUAUAGCCGUGACGACCCAGAAGUCUCCUUCCAAAGAACCCGAAAUUAAGACACCUUCUCGCUUGUCCGCUGUCCCCACAUCCAAGGCUGCUAGCACCGGAGUUUGCAAGCCUCUUGGAUGUUAUCCCAACAGCAAAGAACUUGCCAACUAUCACCGCUACCAUUACAGGGAUUUCCUGCAAGGUGGCCUUACCCAUUCCGAAAAGACACAGAGGAGUCUUUCACCAUGGACCUUGGAUGGUAAAUCCGGCACCAGAUUUGCAUCCCACAGGCUGCCUUCACCUGCAUACACCAAAACCUGCUGGAUCCCUAAUGACUCCAGCUUCUCCAAGGUCAUACCACGAGACCCCUGCAGACCUGUGUCACUACAGCCCACUUUUAAACCACACAUGACCUACCCCCAACACCUCCUAAAGAGGCCCACUAUUGAUGAAGCCUACUUGAAGAAGAUACCAAUACCCUCUCAACUUCGCAUUACAGACAGGAAAGAGAAAGCAAAGACAGGGUUGCCCAAGCCUCUGCCUACCCAGCAGUUCCUCUUUCACCCUCAUGCCGGUCUAACAAUGCCCUACUUGCCAAACUUAGAGAGACGGGCAGACUUAACCGAACAGUUGAAGGCUCUACCUUUUCAACCUGUCCUUCUUCCGAGUAGUCUAAUACCUCCUGCUCAGACCCACUCUAUGCAUUGCCCACCAGUGGGAACCUCCUUUCCCGGGUCUUACGAGGCUGCUUUGCCCUCUUACCCUUACCCGUUACCCAUCUGGCAUCCACCCGCUGGGUACAACAUGGCAGGCCUGCAGCCAUACUGAACUAUUCUGAAAGGACUGGUCCUUACGGUCUAGAUUUGUUUUUCUUUAGAACUAUAGGUCAAUGUGAAACCAAAACUGAUGAGUUUACUUUUUCAAUAAUUCUUCAGAAUAACUAUGAACUAUAAACUCUGAUACUGAAGGAUCAAGUUUCAGAAUCAAGUAAAAUGGGUUGCAAAGUGUUUCUUGUUGAUUUCAAAGACUAAUGCUAACUGAAAGACUGUUACAUACAAGCUGUUAUCGCACGGCACUCGCAAUGGCAAGGUUUUGGAAUCAAUUCCCAGUGUAUACACAAUACUGAUCAAAUGUAGCAGUGAAUGCACUGUAAAUCACUUUAGAUAAAAGUGAAUGCCAAACGCUGUUAAAAUGUAAAUGCUACAUGUUUAAAUGUUUAUCAGUAUGUCUGUAUCUGCAAAAGAGAAUAUUUGCCUAGUUGAUGUGGAAUAAGCAUGAACGGUCUUUUUAAUGCAGUUCUUCUUAUGAAUCCAAAUCCCUUUGUGGUACAAUUCAGGGUCCAGCAUAAAUAAUCAUCAUCAGGUUACUUGUAUAUCUUUAUAAAUCAUUUCCAGGGCUAGUCUGGCUCAAAUGGGAAUAUUCACAUAAGGGUACAUCCUAGAAAUUGUUUUUAACAUUUUUUUUUCUUUGUAUUUUAUAUUAAUGUCUUACGGCCCUUUACAAGAUCAAUGCAUUUGACAAUGCACCAGUAAUGUGAAAAAUGUUUGUAAUGUAUAGUUGUACAUUGCAUACGGAAUGUAAAAAAUAUUUUUGUAUAAAAUAAAUUUGUUAAGAUUACUUCAGGUCUUCGUGUGAAUCAACUGCAAAGAUUCUAGCAAUGAGAUGCAUGCAAGACACAUACAUAUUGAAACACCACAUUUAUUGUAAAGGAUAGUAUUCAAUCUCAAGACUUUCAAAGGAAAUAGAGCAUAUUUGGAGUCCCACAGAAUCAGGAAUGUGCUAUUUUUGUCUAAACGUGUAAACAUCUGUAGACAUUAUCUCUUUUGCAAGAAUGUGCAAACUUCUGUAAUGCUUUUAGAUUAUAACAGCUCAUUUAUGUAACAGAACAAGAAAUGCGUUGCAUUUCUAAGGAAAAUAA